GACAGACGUUUGUUUCCGACCGGACGAUUUUAGUGACGGACUAUAAACAAAGAAAAUGGCGAUGGUCUUGAAGUAAAACUGCUGGGCUUUGAUGGGAAGGUGAAGGCGUUAUAUUGCGUUAAGAAAGAACUUUGGACGUCAUGGUGCUGAAGAUCUUCUUCCCGCAGUGCUGCAACCGGGCGGACAGCGGGCUGCUGGUGGGCCGCUGGGUUUCAGGCCAUGACUCGGCCGUGGUGCUGGCGGUCAUCCACUACCCGUUCAUCCCAGGACAGGUGAAGCAGUACAUCCAGCAGGUCCAGGCUCAGAGUGGCGUGGAGCUGUCGGUGCUCGGCUCCUGGAGUCUUCCCAAAGACGGGCAGGAGGGCAUGGAGAGCUUCCUGAAGGACCUGAGCACCAUCUUCCCUCAGGAACGCUGGCUCCAGAUCAGCCGCGAGUUUGGGAAGACCGGCUUCACCUGCGAGGUGCUCGGCCGAGAUCAGGUUUGCAAAAAGAAUUCAGGUAAAACGUUGCCUCCUGAGGAAGGUGGAGAUGAAGAGCAGGAGGAUGAGGAGAAGGUGAUCUUCGUCCACUAUGAGCAGAGGAAGGUGAUGCUGUCGCAGCUUCAUCCCAUCCAGGUCCAGGACUCAGAGAGUCACUCUGAGCUCAGACAGAUGUUUGGGACGGUGGCCCGCAGCCAGCCGCUCUUCUUCAUGGACAAGUACGACGACGGGCCCCUGAAGUCGACCCACUGGCAGUCUGAGGGCCGGGAGGCCAGCAUCAUCGUGGAGCUGCUCAAGCAGGCCUCGGCGCCGCUCUGCGUCCUCCUCAGCUGGCUGCUCGCUGUGUGGACCUGGAUCUGCAACGUCCGGAUCUUCACCGUUUUCCCGCUCCGCUUCCUGGCCUCUAAACUGUCCACCUGCAUCCAGCUGAGCUACAGAACCGAACACCUGCGGACGCUCAGCUCGCCGAAGGCGGCCGCCACUCAUGUGGACUUCAUGAGGAAAGCCAACAUCCUGGUGUCGGUGCUGGUGGACGUGGCGCUGGGCGUGGCGCUCAUGUGGUGGCUCUACAGAGACGACCACAUCCCCAUGCUGGCGGACGCUCUGGUGCCAGCAGCUGAUCGCGUGGCUCAGCAGCUGGAGGAGCUGCUGCAGUGGCUGAUGGGAGCUCCUGCCGGCCUGAAGAUGAACCGGGCUCUGGACCAGGUGCUGGGUCGCUUCUUCCUUUACCACAUCCACCUGUGGAUCAGCUACAUCCACCUGAUGUCUCCGUUCAUCCAGGGGAUCCUGUGGUACGGCGGCCUGUCGGCGUGCCUCGGCCUGACCUUUGCCCUCUCGCUGCUCUCUGACAUGGUGGCGCUGCUCACCUUCCACAUCUACUGCUUCUACGUCUAUGGAGCCAGGCUGUACUGCUUGAAGAUCUACGGCCUCUCGUCCCUCUGGAGACUCUUCAGGGGGAAGAAGUGGAACGUCCUGCGGCAGAGAGUCGACUCAUGCUCCUACGACCUGGACCAGGUGACUCCGCCCACAAAACACAAUUCAUGUCUCUCCCCUCACGCUGCGGUUCCUCCUCAGAUUAACCCGCUGAAGUGCGGCGCCGUGGUCCAGACCUACCGCACCCCCACCUACAGCUGCUACCCCAGAGACUCGUGGGCGGCGCUCGUCAAGAAGCUGUUCGUCGGGGAGCUGAUUUAUCCCUGGAGGCACAAAACCACCAAGUCCGACUGAGGCUCCGACUCCAGCGGCAAAUAAAACCCUUUCAUUCCACCUUUUCUACUCCGUGACGUUAGAUUUUAUUUAAAUAACGACGUAAGUUUGAAUGUCCUCGCCUCAGUGAACUAAAAUCAAUUCCUAAAUAAUUUCCUCCUUAUGUGAUUAAAAUGUAAUAAAAAUGUUAUUUUGUUUUAACCAAAUGUUCUAAAUUUAACUCGUUCUGUACUGGAAAAUGUUUAUAAGAAAAAAA